GUGACCUAAGCAAAAGCCAAACCAUGGCGGUGCUCUGUGCCAUGUUGCCAGGGCUGGGACUGUUCCUGUACCUGGGACUCCACUUCUCUUCUGCCACCGAACCCCCCCCCUUCCUCCUCCCAAACAACAAACUGAACUGCCUGAACUUUAGCAUGGUCCUCAACACCACUCAUCCGAACAUCAGGGUUGAAAAAGAAGAGCAGUCAAACUUCCACAUCUACACAGUGUUGGUUCCUGUGAAUGACCAAGUCAGCGCGGUGGUCCUGCAAGCUCUGGAAAACAACGGCUCUUUCUACGGCCGGUCAGUGGGCAUCUGGCUUGGAGCCAGCAAGACAUGCUUUUUCAGCACAAUUGGGCGCUAUGACAUCAACACGCCGAAUGCCACGCUGCUCAGGGCCUCCUGGAAAAUCCCCAGUCUCGUGCCUCCAUCUCAGAUCAACAUACAGGUCUUCAUUGUCAAUCACAACAACACGGCCACCUUCUCUUCCAGGACACUGGACAGAGCCAUGAUGACAACCUCCACCUCCUCCUCCAUGACUUCCAGCACCAGCCCAACUACCAAGACUGUCUCAAUCACAAUGUCCAAACCCAGGGCCAAAACCACGACCACAAGCACAAGAAGUCUGGCCGUCCGAGCUUUCAGUAGCCCCAUUGUUGGUGCCAUUCACAUCUUGUUCGUUUUCCUCAUCAGCAAACUCCUCUUCUAAGGAAACCCAAGAAAGCCAUUGUCCGGCCUCCUGGGCAUCUCUCAGACCAGGGCUUCAAUGCAUGCGAGUGAAGGCUCUGAAUUUUCAAACGUGCAACUCCACUACCGGCCACUGCUGCAGACCAAAGACUCAUGGCCCUCACGGGGGACUUGGGUGACACAGAUAGUUCCACCAGAUUUCUCAGGGCACAAAGCACCUGCCCUUGUCAUGACACGGAAUCUGCCUGUCAGAUUCACAUGUCGUCAGCAGCUCUGAACUUCUGUGCAUUGCCAAAGGAUUCCUCCGGCCCUUGUGAGUUUCUGGAGGAAGAAUGCUUCCUAACUUUCAGGAUGAUCUCAGGUUCCUGACCCAAGCUACUCUGGUUACACACAACUUCUGACUUGUGUUGACUCCAGGAAGACAGGAAAAAAGGAGAACUGGCUUCUGGCAGUUCCCAGGUUCCACACCAGUAGGUUUUGAAGGGCAACAGAUUAGGAAGGUACCAUGUGAGCAGCUAACUACAGGGAAACUUACGCUCUACGGGCAUUUUUCUAAAUCACUUCAAGGAAAUGGUAUUUUGAACAAGAAUAAUGAGUGUGUUAAAUUCAAGCAGUUCUUUAAUGAGUGAUUGACUUUCAAUAGAGGAUGGUAUCUAAUUUUACUCAUUUACAUA